CGGUGCGCCGACACAAAGUGUCCCCUGUCGGGUGCUCAGUCGGUUGCGGUUUGCAGCUUUACCACCAGAUGAAAGGUACAAAAAUCACACACUGGGGCUUUAACUAAAGUUAGGGGCCUUUGCACCUAGAACAGGACAAAUUGAAUCACCGGGACAAAUUCAAAGGUUGUCACUUUGGAGGCCGUAGUUUGUGUUGAUGUUGAAUUUUGUUGCAUUAUGCUGACGACAGGUGUUUUUAUUUCCUUUUUUGAAUCCCUUACAGUGGUUAAAGUGGUUGCACCAACACUGCCACUGUUUGUAGCGGUCUGCUUGUGUUUUCAGCCCAGCGCACGACGACCACAUUUACCCCCUGAUACCGUGAGGUGCACGGGGACCUGAUGGCACCGGCUCCAGCGAACGGGAUGUGUUAUGCCGAUGCUGAAAGUGCAUCAAUAAUCCCUGAUGAAGAUGUAGAUGAAAAAUCUUUUUUCCCCCCCCGUGAUGUCAUGGUGUCCCGGAGGAACAUCUAAACUCCUAGUGGUCUGAAUACAGCACAACCUUCAGAGGUCUGCCUUCUCUGCCAAAGGGGCCGACACGGCAUCAUUUCCUUCGGCGCUGAUGACGUCUGUGGAAAAACAGGACAACAGGAGAGGAGAGAAGGUGCUAGGUGACGGCAGCCGACGCUGGUGUCCAGGACCCACCGCGGAGGGAACAUGGCGACGAUCCCCGAACGUCUCCGUGACGAGGCUGAAUACACACAGGAUGGAUUAGAGCGACGUGAAAGGUCACUCUCUAAAAUGUUUACGUGCGGCCCUGUGACGUCGACUCCCCCCCCCCCCCGGGACACUCGGGAUUGACCCGCGCUGCUUCCUAACUCACCGGUAGAGUUGUCUGUCACAGGUUCAUCGCCACCAGGCUCUGCUGUGCUCCCAGGCCACUCUCUGCUGCUGCUGCUGCCCUAAACUCACACCCAUCCAGGAAAAAGGAAGACCUGCCGCACUACGCGAUGGACGGGGUGGGCAUCCCGACCACCAUGUACGGGGACCCGCACGGCGCCCGGUCCAUGCAGGCGGUGCACCUCAACCACGGGCCCCAGCUGCACUCGCACCAGUACCCGCACACCGCCCACACCAACACCAUGCCGCCCAGCAUGGGCUCCUCCGUCAACGACGCCCUCAAGAGAGACAAAGACGCGAUAUACGGGCACCCCCUGUUCCCCUUGCUUGCACUGAUUUUCGAGAAAUGUGAAUUAGCGACGUGCACCCCCAGAGAGCCCGGGGUGGCGGGAGGAGACGUGUGUUCGUCGGAGUCCUUCAAUGAAGACAUAGCGGUGUUUGCCAAACAGAUUCGGGCAGAAAAGCCUUUAUUUUCGUCGAAUCCAGAAUUGGAUAAUCUGAUGAUCCAAGCCAUCCAAGUUUUACGAUUUCAUCUUCUGGAGCUGGAGAAGGUACACGAGCUGUGUGAUAACUUCUGUCACCGGUACAUCAGCUGCUUGAAAGGAAAGAUGCCCAUCGACUUGGUCAUCGACGACAGGGAGGGCGGCUCCAAAUCAGACAGCGAGGAAAUCACAAGAUCAUCAGUGGCCCUCGAUCAGACGUCCUGGAACAGAGAUCACGACGACACGGCGUCCACGCGCUCCGGGGGAACACCGGGACCGUCCAGCGGCGGGCACACAUCGCACAGCGGCGACAACAGCAGCGAACAGGGUGACGGCCUGGACAACAGCGUGGCCUCGCCGAGCACGGGGGACGACGACGACCCGGAUAAGGAGAAGAAGCGCAACAAGAAGCGAGGGAUCUUCCCCAAGGUGGCCACCAACAUCAUGAGAGCAUGGCUCUUCCAGCACCUCACGCAUCCCUACCCGUCAGAAGAACAGAAGAAGCAGCUGGCGCAAGACACGGGCCUCACCAUCCUACAAGUGAACAACUGGUUCAUUAACGCGAGGAGGAGAAUAGUCCAGCCCAUGAUCGACCAGUCAAACCGUGCAGUAAGUCAAGGAGCUCCCUACAAUCCAGAUGGCCAGCCGAUGGGGGGCUUCGUCAUGGACGGCCAGCAGCACAUGGGAAUCAGACCACCUGGACCAAUGGGUGGAAUGGGGAUGAACAUGGGCAUGGAAGGUCAGUGGCACUACAUGUAGCCCCGCCCCAGUCUGACCAAUCGCAACACAAAGGGGGAUAACUGCAGGGCAAACCGGGGGAGAACCUGUCUCACAGAGGCCUACAGAGCAUGGGAACGGGACUCCGACUUCCUGACGACUACAACAACAACCAAGGGCAACCCUUCUGUCAACCUCCAAGACCCAACGACUUUUUAAUCGGCUGAUAUCCGCAAACACGGAAACCUCCCGUGACUGCCUGCAAUCCUUUUGUCUAUGUAUCCAGUGAUGGCGACGCACAGAAGGUCACACCUCACCCAAACCAGAUGACCCCCCCCUUGUCCCGACAGAAACCCCUUGCUUCUUCUCUGGUGGGCACUAGACUUCCUCCUCUUGCCGGCCACUAGUUUUUACAUGGAUUCCUCCAUUGAAAGUGAUUGCGAUUGCCAGAAUAGACGACGCACGAGAGACACACCGGGUCCUAUGCCUGUACCUUCGGCAAUUUGUGGCACUUGGUGAUAUUUUCUAGACUCUUUGGCAAACACAAGAGACUUCCUGCGAAGAUUACUCCACUCUUUGGGACGAUGGGAUUGGACCAAGGUGAAGCCAAUGUCUGUACCUGACAGGACACUAACAAAGCAAAAAAAAAAAAAAAAAAAAGGUGCCCUUUAAAAAAAAAAAAAUAUAGUGGAUUGAAACAUGGAAAGAGGGAAAGUGAGUGAAAAAGAAAUUAAAAGUAUAACUAUAUCAAACCCUAGUUUGGGAAGCGAGUGGAGAAAGAAAAUAUACUGUAUACUGUUGUAAAAUUACGCUGGACUCUCACAAGAACUGGGAAUUUAAGUAUUGUAAAUGCUAUUGUAUUGUUCUGCAUAUUAUGUUGUUUCUAAUAGAUUUUUUUAAAAAAGGAUGUGAACUUUUGUUUUUUUUUCUGGUUUCUUUUCACACUAUGUGUGUGCCGUCUCUCCAUCAUCAAAUUUGACCCCCUGCGCCCACCCCCGCCCCCCUCCAUUAAAUCACGAAGCAUUUUUUGAAAGGAGAAGAAAAAAAAAGUGAAUAAACUGACAGUUGGAUCAGUCUGUCAUUUCUCGCAAGCCUUUAUUCGGAUGGUCAGAGAGCGCGUGAUAGAGAUUCAGAUGUCCUGUUGCUUUUUUUAUUUUCCAUUCACAGUAUGCACAUCCCAUCCACACACAUACAUGAUACAGAUAACUAUAUUACUUUUUGCUGUGCCUACACCAUGUAACUCUAAUUUUGAUUAAUUUAAAAAUAUUUUUUUUCAUAUCAGUUUUAUUAUAUGUUCCUCUGCUGGUGGAAAGUUGUUUUUGUUUGUUUUUUUAAAUCGGUGUAGAAAAGUUAUCCGACCAUUUUUGGGGACAUGGAGCUCUAUAAUAAGUUAAUGGAUUAACUCCAGAGUUCUUUGUUUGAUCCAUUUUACGUUCGACGUUGUGGGAGGCUAACACACACCACACGGAGCGUCAGUCAAUGCUCAUAAACAAUCUUUAAAACAACAAAAAAAAAGAAUCGCUGUGGAUGGGAAACUACAAGCGUGUGUCCCGCGAACACGUCGUUUCCUGUUUGUCCGUGUCCAUGAUUGACGGCCUCUGAAAGUCUAUUCCAGUGUCCUAUUGAUGUGUUUUAUGUCACAAGGCCGAGCACUUGCAUGGCCAAUGGAUUCCCCCCCCCCAGUGUUUUAUACAGCCUGAUAACAGGGGAAGAGGCAAAGGCUAUGGGAAAACACCAUUUACACCACGGCCCGUUUUUUUUGAUUGAACCAGAUGAUGUCGUGCUGAUCAACAAGACAGGAGAGAAUGUAAAAGUCACUCUGUGUGUGUGUGUGUGUGUGUGUGUGUGUGUGUGUGUGUGGCAGAGUGUAUGUGAGGGGGGUUACAUGCGUGUGUGUGUGUGUGUGUGUGAGCGUACAUCCUUGUGUGGGUUAUCAAUGCAUCCAUUAUCCAUCGCUUCGAAACAUGUAUAACGCACAUCUUUUUAAGAUUCCUUUGAAGACGUCUUUGUUUCUUAUGCUUUUACUUUGAAGGGUAUAUAUGUGCAUCUGUGUUGUAAAUAAAUACCUUUUUUUCUUCAAAUAACAGAA